AUGCGAAAUAUCUGUUUAGAAGAGGCACAAUCUGAAUCAAUAUUUGGUUCGCACAAAACAAACUAUAGUGAUGUUGAUUUAUAUGAGGGAAUGGAGUUUGAAGACAAGGAGGAGUGCGUUGCUGCUAUACAACAUUGGCAUAUCAGCAACAAUCUUGAUUAUUGGGUGUACAAAUCUGAUAAGAACAGAUACGUGAUCAAAUGCACGAAUCCAGAUUGCCCAUUCAAAUGUAGAGCUUCAAUUCGCAAGAAGAACUCCAAGUGGACGAUAGGUAAGUUGAGUGGACCACAUGUCUGCACAACCACUUCAAUAUCGCAAGACCACAGACAACUGACAUCAGAUACUGUCUCUCACUGUAUCAGGGAUCUGGUUAACACCAACCCAUCAAGAAAGGUAAAGCUCAUAAUCUCUCAUAUAACAGGAAAGUAUGGUUAUAAUAUAUCGUACAGGAAAGCGUGGAAUGUCAAGGUAAAUGCCAUCGAAUCCCUGUAUGGAAACUGGGAGACAUCUUACAAUGAACUUCCACAAUGGUUAUUGGUAAUGAAAACAUAUCUGCUUGAAAACAUAUCUGCCGGGAGACAUCUUAAUGGUUAUUGGGCUUUUCAACCAUGCAUCCAUGGUUUUGCUUAUUGCAAGCCAAUUGUUCAAGUCGACGGAACAUGGUUGUAUGGAAGGUACAGAGGGAUCUUGUUGAUGGCUGUGGCACAGGAUGGGAAUGAUAACAUUUUUCCAAUUGCUUUCGCUAUUGUCGAGGGUGAAACCAAGGAUGCUUGGAGUUUUUUCCUUCGCAAUCUAAGAAGCCACGUGACACCCCAACCCAAUCUAUGCCUAAUAUCAGAUAGACAUCCAUCGAUUAAAAGUGCCUAUGAUGAUCCUGCAAAUGGAUGGCAAAAUCCUCCGUCUUCACAUGUCUACUACAUUAGGCAUAUCGCGCAAAAAUUUAUGCGUGCGAUUAGAGACAAGGAACUACGUAAAAAACUCGUCAUCAUGGGAUAUGCAUUGACGGAGUCAACGUGCAACUACUAUAGAACCGAAAUUCGUCAGACAAAUAGAGAAGCUUUAGAGUGGAUUGAAAAUAUCCCCAGGGAGAAGUGGGCAAGGGCGUUUGAUAGAGGGCAACGAUGGGGACACAUGACGACUAACCUUGCAGAAGCAAUGAACUCUGUGCUAAAGGCAACCAGAAACCUUCCAAUAGCUUCUUUGUUUUCAGCCACAUAUUUUCGGAUGGGAGCAUUAUUUGGUCAACGUGGACAUGAAUGGACAAAGAGGUUGACAUCAGGCCAAACUUUUACAGACAAGUGUAUCAAGGGGAUGACUGAAGAAGUAAACAAAGCAAGCAGUCAUAAUGUUUACCAGUUCGACCGGGAGAGGUUCUAUUUUAUGGUGGCCGAAAGAAUAAACUGCAACGAUAGUCGACCAACUAGUACUUACGGUGUUGAUCUACGAAAAAGAACCUGUGAUUGCGGAAAAUUUCAAGCGUUCCAUUUGCCUUGCUCACAUGUGAUUGCAGCAUGUGAAAGUAUACGCCAAGACUACACCAUUCACAUACCCGACGUGUUCAAGAUUCAGCAUGUUUUUAAAGUCUACCAACAAAGCUUCCAGAUCCUCCCACAUCAAGACAAUUGGCCGCAAUAUAGAGGAGUUACUCUUUGUCAUGACGAAACUAUGCGUAGGAAAAAAAGAGGUCGCCCAAAUAGUACUCGGAUUCGAACCGAAAUGGACGAUGUGGAAAAGGAAAAGAGAAUGUGUGGGAUAUGCCGUGAAGUAGGUCAUAUCCGAAGUAAAUGUCCAAAUGUAGCAGGCCCGUCCAAUAGGCCUUAA